AUGAAACUGUUCAAGAAUUUCCGCUCUAAAGGCAAAAGAAAGAGUGUCAACCACUAUGGCUACAGUAUACAUGAGAAAUACAGCAACAAAGCCAACCACUAUGAACACAACAAUCCACAAUAUCCUACCCCCAACAUCGGCCCGCGUAGGGACUUCACUCGAGAGCUGUCUCCAGAAAUCCUCUCUAGGAUCUUCGGUUAUGUCUGCCUCCAUACUCUGGACGACACCUACAAUUCCUCCGAGGAGUCAAUGACUGAAGACGGCUGCAUGCUCUGUGAAAUGCGGGACCUCGCUCAUUGUGCCCUUGUGUGUAGGAGAUGGCACCCUCCCGCCCACGAUCUGCUUUACCAAAAUGUCCGUAUCGAUGCUGUCCACUAUUGCGACCUCGAGUACGAAUUGUCCGUGAAGAGAAAAAAGAACUCCUUUCUUGAUCACAAUUCAGAACCACUAGACGCACCCAUGACACGCUUGACAUUGUUCAGCAGAACAGUGCGCGAAUCACAGCGCAUUGGAAAGCUGGUCCUUUCAUUGCGGAUGCCAUACAUGACAAGAGAAGCCGGUAAGCUACUUCUGGCACAGACAGUGCUGAUGUUACCCAACCUACGAUAUGUCGACUUGCCCACCGGGUUUUUCUGUGACGAUGAGUCAACCAUGAUCCUCAAGCAAACAAUGAUUGCUCGCUGUCCCGAUAUUCGACGCAUGCGAUAUGCCAGGGGCUCCGAGAAAACAUUCAGUGCUAUCCAGCAAGAGGAUGAAUUAUCAAACGUAGACCAAUUUAUAUAUGGUUGGCAACAGCGCCACAAGCCUCCGCGGCCACAGAUAAAAGUAUGGCCCAAUCUCGAGGUGUUAGAGCUAUGCGGCCUAAAUACUUCAAUCGACGUUCUCCGUCGGGUUCUGAGCCACUUCCCUCGCAUGACAGAUCUAAAGCUGGAAGAUCUAAGCGAGCUAGAAAGCCUCAUCUUCAAGGACUCCCCAUCUCUAUGCCCCUUCCCCCCUAUCGAACGUCUCACCCUCCACGAUACCCCAGGUAUCACCUACCGCGCAUUCAUCGACUACUUCAGCACCAAUAACAACAGACAUGCCCUCAAACACCUCACCCUCUCCAACACCGGCAUUCCCCCCGGCUCCCUGCACCACAUCCUCGAAAACAGCCCGCGCCUCCAAAGCCUCUCAGUCACCCAGUACAUCUCAGACGCUUUCGUGCAGGACAACGUCCCCCCUCUCGCGUCCCGCUCCCUCCGUCUCCUCCACUACGAAAUCACAGCCAAAUCCGAAAAUCACGCCGCCCACUACUACAAAUACCUCAUGUCCUCCCUGCUUGCUGGCUCCCUCCCGUCCCUGCUGGAUCUAUACGUCCGCGACGCCUCGUUCCCGGAAACCCUCAUGUACGCCUCACUCCCGCAGAUGGGUCGAAAAGGUAGAGCUGGUGGAGCUGGAAUAAAAGGCCUCAACCAGGCCAUGUCCGUCUAUAGCAAGGGGGCUAAAGAGGCGGAGUGGAACUUCACCGCGUACGAGCCGCUUGACAUGCCUGGCAUGGGGGGCCCCGGUGGUGGCGGUCGACGGCGUGGGAGUAGCUCGCGCCCUGUUAGCUUCCAUGGGGCGCAGCUGAGUCCGGCGUGGGGUGACGAGGCGCGCAGGAGCGUGUUGGUUGGUAAUGGGGCCGGUGGGUUCCUUGCGUUACCUGGUGAGGAGCAGAGGCCAAAGAGUAGCAGUGGUUGUGGCGGCAGUGGUGGUGGGCCGUGGAUGCAUCGACGGGAGGGAAGUAAGCAGGAUUUGUGGCGGUGA